AUGGCUACCGCGCCAAUGACGACGGACCCCUCGAGGCUGUCAUUCGCAAAGGUUGCUGCCUCAGCUGGGAAGGACAAUGUAGCUCUCGCUUCUUUCGCAAAAAUUGCUGCCUCCUCAACUGCUGUGCGAGAUACGAAACAUGAGAAUACAGCUCCAACCGUACAUGAGAGUAAAAACACAGACAGGCCUAGUGCUACAAGCAAUGAUAUUGGCAUGACCACUCUCAAGGAAACGGUCGCGGCGACAAACGAUCAAACUUCAAAGAGCGGGACGGUUGCACAGAGCAAACCUGUGGUUGCUAAAAAGGAACCUGAUUUGGCGGAAACAGUCAAAGCGAUGCAUAUUCGUGAUAUUACACCAAGCCUUGUUGUCAAUGGUUCGGGGAUAGUACCUGCUACCCACAAGCGAGACUUGGGAGAAGGUUUUCCCGAUGACCCAUUUCAGAGAACAGAAUCCGGGUCCGAUCUGGGCACGAAGCCUCCAAGCUUAGAUGGAAAGAGCAUAACUUCAGGUACAACAUUUGCUUUGGAUGAGAAGGAGUCCUUACGUCCCGAUGAUAGCGCAAGCGUAAAAGCAGCUGAAGAUGAUGAUACAUUUUCGGGUCGCGGUUCCAUCGUUGCCGGCUCUAGGAUUGGGUCGGAAGCAGCUGCAAGAGCUUAUCGUGCUCAAUUUUACGAAGCCCCUGACCGACGUAGUAUCCAACUCAUGCAGGAGCGCCAAACCCAGGGCAUUGUUACUCCCCAAAGCGGAUCAUCUGGACAGCAAACCACAGAUGAUAAAUCUAAGCCGCUUGUAGGUCCAGCGGGGUCAACUGAGGCAUUUACGCUGUUCUAUCGACAGACUCCGGAUGAAAAACUUCUAGAGGCACUGGAAUCACCAAAGGAUCGCAUAUUUCUGCUUCGUCUUGAGCAAGAUGUUAUUGAGUUUGUGAAGGAUUCUAAGGAGCCCUUCAUUGAUCUGCCACCAUGCAACUCGUUCUGCAGAAUGCUAACUCACAAGCUGGCGGAUUACUACCACAUGACACAUCAAGUUGAUGCUGUAGUUGGAGCAGUUCGUAUCUUUAGAACGCCAUUCUGCAGAAUUCCGCCAUCUUUAACGAGCAUCUCCAACCCACCUACUACCGGGAAUACCCCUCCUCCUAACCUACCUGCCAUGAAGAUCAUGCGUAGAGGUGGUGAUGGUGAUACUGGACCCAGCCCUUCAAAAGCCACCUCCGAGACGGGAAGCGAAGCCAAAGAAAAAGCACAGUCCGCUAAAGAAAAGCUUUCCCGAGAAGAGCGAGAAGCCGUUUAUCUUGCAGCCCGGGAACGAAUCUUCGGCAAAGAAGAUAAAUCUGGCGACGCUACACCAGGCAAGUUUUCAAAGAUCUCUGUUAAGACGAGUCUGUCGUAUACCCCAUACUUUCCACAACAACAAACUCAGCCAGCUUGGAUCCCAACCCAAAACUACACCGCUAUGGGAGUUCAGCAAUACAAUGGUGCUAUACCAAACAAUUAUCAAAGCCAAAUGCAACCUCAAUUUGUUCCACCUCCGCAGCCAUUUAAUCCUGCAAUGAUGAACAACGGGAAUAUGCAAUCAUACAAUAAUAUGCCACCACCACAAUUUCCUCCGCAAAACCAGCCACGUUAUCAACCUCAUAGUGCUCCAAUAACGACAUACGGUACACCUGCACAGUCUCCACAACCUCCGCAGCAAUGGAUUCCACAAAAUCAAUACCCUAGUGCCCCGUAUCAAUCACGAGGACCUGUUACAGGAGGACCACCCAACACUAUCCCUUACGCUUUUGGACAAUUGCCUAGCACAGCGAACCCAGCCGAUCCUAAAAGCCAGCACCCGAUACCUGGAAGUUUCAUAAACAGGCACGCGUUCAAUCCAAAGACUCAGUCGUUUGUCCCGGGCAAUCAGGGUCUUCCGAUUCCGCAGCCCAUGUCUCAUCAUGGAUCUCCUCACCACGGCUCUCCACACCAUGGAUCUCCACAUCUAGGAUCUCCACAUCUAUCUUACAGCAACUUCUCUCCUCCUCAACAACAGUAUGGGGCUGGAAUGGGAUAUAGCAUGGCGAGACAAGGAUCCAACAACUCCUUGCCUUCGUAUCAUGCAUCUCCACACAUGGCACAUAGGCCAAUGAUGCAUCAGAAUAUGCCGCAGGGUCAUCCUCAAGGCUUACCACAAGCUAUGCCUCAUGGUAUGCCACAAGGAAUGCCACAGGGUCCAGUGCUCAAUGGCCAAGUUGGAAGUCACCUCCCAAAUUUUGGCAACCCGGCAACUUUACCUCCAAAGCCUCCGACUGGCGUUUAG